AUGUCUGGAUUUCAAAGACAGAAGGAGAAAUCCAGUUUCCUACACCUAAAUGACUUGUCUCAAGCGAGUCCUUUUUACCAGAGCUCUACGGUCAAUUUGAAGGAGCAAGCCAACAAGUACACAUCACCUCUCGGUCCGAGAUCACUGGCUUCUUCACCACAAAGGUCACUGAGCUCUUUCUCUCAAGUGCGACUCGAUAACUUGGUCAAGGAGAAACAAUGGGACGAGAUCGAAGAUUUCUUGCUUGAAGAGCUGCGAGAUGGCUACUUUGAUGCAAUGUUUGCAAAACCGGAACCCGAUUUUAGAAGUGACCCAACAAAUGAAGAUAAUCGUAUUACAGAAAAUAACACAAAUGUACCGAAACGGUUGACAUCGCAAAUUCACACCACUGUCAAGAACGAUAUACAUGUAUUGUCCACUAGAUUUCUAGAAGAUGCAAGCCAUAAUGUGAUAUCAAUACUAAAAUUCAGCAUCACAUUCUUUGUUGCCUUCAUAAUUUGCGCUAUACAUCCUUCUGGGAGUUGGUUAGGUCAUAGGUAUAGGUAUUUCUUACCCAUUGCUGCUGUGAUACACCAUCCAGUGAGAAAUGUAGGAAUACAGUUAGAAAUCUCAAUAUUAUCCAUCAGUGGUGCUGCAUUUGGACUUGGUUGGGCCUCACUAGCCUGGUAUGUAUCCACUGCUACACAUCCAGUAGCUUCACAUCAGGGUGCUAUUUUAUUCCAAAGUUUAUUUAUGGCAUUGCUCUUUUCAACGUUUGUGCGUGAGCUGUACAGAAGAUUAAACUACUUCUUUAACUCCUUCUCAGUCGCAAUUAUUUUCACGCAUACUGUACAAUUGGUUAACAAUAAACAUGACUUACACUGGAAACUUUAUUGGGAUUUUGGUCUUUCUUAUCUUUUUGGCAUAUUAUUAUCAUGCUUUAUUUGCGCUGUCGUCUUCCCACAAACGGGAAACAGCAGCUUAGUGAGAGAAUAUAGAAAGUCAUUAUUCGCAUGUAGAGAUUUCUUAGUUUCUUUGAUCGAUAAAGAAAAUGUGGCUAAUGUUGAUAGGAAGGAUAAACACCAAAAGAACAUGAUUCAACAAUUGAAUGUCGGUCUAGCCCAAGAAUAUAGAGAGAUAUCAGCACAGAUAUCAUUUUCCAAGUAUGAUAGAAUCAAACUGAAAACUUUGAGAAACUCUUUAACUGCUUUAGUAAGUCCCCUCAGAGUGAUUCCGGUAAAUAGUGAAUUAUUGGAUGAAGCCUAUUUGACAAAAUUGUAUGACGCCUUAGAAAAAUCAGCUCUUUCUAAAGGUCAAUCCUUGGCCAACUCGCAAGCCAACACAGGCGCAUCUACUCCCUUAGGAAAACAUUUUGCAUCUGGGUCUAUGACUAAAUUGAGUAACCGGAUCCUGAAGGGAGAUUUCAGCCAGAAGGAUAUUUAUCUAUCAAUUUUGAGGUCAUCUUUCUCCAAAGACAUAUUCUCAUUACUUAUUGAAAUGAUAACAGUGUUAGAGAGUUUAGCUAAUAUUUUAGAUAUGGUUAACCGAAACAAAAAUGAAAACAUAGAGAAGACGUUGACCGAACUGAACGCCAGGUUAAAACACAGAAUAUACAAACUCGAUAUGUGUUAUCGUAAUUUUACGUCAUCAAGUUAUUUUGGGCCAGAUAUUUUGAAGGAUACGGCAUGUGUGGAUUGCUUCUUAUUUUUGAGAUAUAUCAGAAAUUCCGCAAAAGGUCUAGUAACAGUCAUUGAUGAUUGCGAAAAACUCCUUGAAGACGUUCAUUGGAGAUUGCUAUUACCUAAUUAUCCUUUAGACAGAGCUCUCACGAGACUUUCCAAACAGUGUGAACUAGAUGAAGGUGCUGGAAAUGUUUUACAUUAUUUUGAAACUAAAAAGGAUGUUGAUGAGAUAUUCGAACGACUGUACAAUGCAUACACAUCGCGCCAUAAGUAUAACAAAGACGAGAAGAAUGAAAAAUUAGGCGCAACUAUUCGAGCAAUGGACCAUACUGACUUUAACUUUCAUUCAACUAAGAAUAAAUGGCGUUAUAAUUUAUGGAGAUUUACAACUAUUUUAUCUGGCACUGAAAUGAAGUGGUCUAUUAAAGUCGUCUUCAUUAUGGUUUUUCUUUGCAUUCCCGCGUGGCUUCCCGAAUCUUAUCAUUGGUAUCAAGAGUUUCAAUGCUGGUGGUGUCCGAUGAUAUUUUAUCUGCUGGUACACAGAAGAUAUUCUGGCUCGUGGAGCUCUCCAGUGAGAAGAGUAGGAUAUGCCCUUCUGGGUAUAUUUUGGGGAUGGGCAGCAAACCAAGCCAGGCACUUUAGUAGUCCGUAUGUUAUUUGUACUUUUGCGGCAAUACUAGUUGUACCAAUUUCUUUGAACUUUUUGGUUUACAAAAAUACUAAAUCAAGUAUGACUUCUUUACUUUGCUUUGCAGUAAUAUGCCUAGAACCCUACAGUAAAGGUGAUGACAAUCACAAUACCUCGAAGAUCUGGAAGAAUACUUGGAUUACUGGCUUAGCAUUGCUAAUCGGUAUCUCUUUGUCGAUUCCUAUUAACUGGGUGGUCUGGUCAUUCAAAGCUAGGGUCGAACUAAGAAUUUCAAUGUCUUCACUCUUAGCCCAUUUAAGCCAAUCGUAUCAGACAGUUUCUGAUAGAUAUUUAUACAGAGAUGCAAAUGAUGAACCUACUGAUUUGGCUUUGGCGUUAGCACAUAUAAGAGAAGUCAGAUUGACUCAAAGUAUAACCGCAAUCAGAGAAUUAUUGGACAAAGCUUCGGUGGAACCAAAGUUUAUCUCCAACUUUUCUACAGUGAAAUAUAAUUCUCUAAUUAAUUCUUGUUCAUUUCUUUUGGAGAAAAUCAUUGAGGCAAGAAUAUCGGGUACAUACUUUGAAAUUUGGGAACAAGAUAAUGAUAAGGAAGUCAGCAGAGCACUUAUGUCUUUAAGAAGGGAUAGUGUUGCUUCUGUAGUUUUUGUCUUUUACAUCCUUUCUAACUGUUUCAGAUCAAAGAACAAAAUCCCACGUUAUUUACCAAAUCCAAUACUAUCUAGGAAGAAACUAUAUGACAUGAUUGCUAAAUUUGAAGCAAUCGGCAAAAUGAAGGCCACAGGAGAAAACAAAUUUAACCAAGCUAAGGGUAUCAAUUAUAAUGACGACACGUUGGAGAAAAUGAUGUUCAAAAAACAUCUUCAGGUAGAUAGUUCUGCAAACUCUUCAAACCAAUACAUUGAUUAUGAACAAUAUCAUUGGACUGAAGUGCAUGGAAUAGCUUUUGCUAGAGCAUACACUGAUGUCGCUGAAGCCGUACAUGACGUAGUCAAGCGUUGUAAAGACAUUUUGGGCGAAGAAUUUUAUUAA